AUUGAAUCCUCUCCGUCGGCUCAGAAUUCAAUAUCACUACCAUAUUUGUUUGAUGGCCCGAUCCACUAUUCUCGACACGACUCACCAACAAUGGGCGUUCUUACCAAUCUCAGGGACACGCGGCUGUAUUCGACAUGGAAGAUCUAUAUUAAAGGUGUUCCGCAAUUCUUUGGGGAUACGGUGCAACGAUGGAACCACGAUUACAAGGGCGCACAGGCCAUUUUCAAAGGGCCUACAUCAAUUGCGGUGCGUUCCGGCAUUAUGGCUGGCCACCACAUGUUAUACGCCCGGACCGUUUCGAAUGGUUUUGGGGUUAUAACAAGUGCCGAUGAUUUGUUCAAGUUGCUGCGAGGCGGCUUGUGUCGAGACGGCAGUAACGCAUUUGAAAAUCGCAUCAAGCCCGCAGUAUACACGUAUGUUAUCGCCGAGGAAGACAAUACCUUCCGUUUCUCAGAGACAGGGGCGGCGUUCUUCGUUAACUUUGCAUCGAAGCAUGCACUGCAUAGCAACUGUGCAGAAAGCGUAGUGUACGGCGGAGAGUUUCAUCCUCGCCCAGAAGGUGGCUGGGAGAACUUCUCCGAUUGCACGGACGAUAGCGGUGUGAGAUGGGAGUUGGUGAUUGAUAACGACUCUGGGACGUAUUCUCCUAAUCCUGAUAUGCUGGCCAAAGUUGCACAACUUCUGGAACACAAUUUUACGGGGAUCAACGUAGUUGCGCUAGCAGAGGACGAUCCGGAGUUAAAGAAGAGUGUAGAUGCGUGCAGGGAGUAUGCAUUGACGAAAAGGGGGGUGAAAAGUACGGAGUUGGAGCCUCAUACCACUGAGGGCGAAGAGACGCUAUCGGAUCGGGUUUCAGCACUUAAGAAGACCUAAUUAUUGAGGAUGAUGUCGUUGUCAGGUGUUAGAGAGCAGGUGACAUGGUUGAUGUAAAGAUAAAUGUGUUUAGAUAAAAGGAAAUGAUGUGUGACG